AUGGAAGAGGGCUCUGAAGGCCAACCCCCCGGCGGUGCAGGCACCAACGAGGAAGUGCAGUCGGAGGAUGGGUCUGACUGGGAGAGCGACUUCGGCGACGGUGAUUCAACUGAGAGCGAUGAUGACGACAGCGCCGUCGACGAGAACGAUUUCAACACAGCCUUGGAGUUCUUCCGCUUCGUCAUCGGAUGCAAUGGCGGCCAAGGACUCAGCGACGAGGCCACGGUCUGGCUUUUCAAGCUCCUGCGCGACCCCCGCCUGGAUCUGGAGGCUAUUCGCCGCUGGCGUACCAAACACGCCGUCCUUCCGUACGGACUUCGCCUCAUGAUGGCGAGGCGGGUGUACAGGCAGGUGGAAGUGCGCAUCCCAGGGAUCGACCACACAUUCGAGCUGAUGUGUACCAGCCCUAUCGAGGGAGUCGUGGAGAUAUUCGGCCACCGUGACAAUGCAGAUGGCUUCCAGCUGUUUGCCCGUCCGGUACACUCGGUGGCGGGACGCGUGUACACAAGGCCGGAGACUGGUCUUCUGUGGGAAGCCGCACAGCCCUUGCCUCUGUCCGCCCUUGCCUUUGUCCGCCCUUGCCUCUGUCCGCCCUUGCCUCUGUCCGCCCUUGCCUCUGUCCGCCCCUUGCCUCUUCCCGCCCUUGCCCUGUGGGUACUUGCUCUGUCCGCCCUUGCCUCUGUCCGCCCCUUGCCUCUUCCCGCCCUUGCCCUGUGGGUACUUGCUCUGUCAGCCCUUGCCUCUGUCCGCCCUUGCCUCUGUCCGCCCUUGCCACUGUCCGCCCUUUGCCUCUGUCCGCCCUUGCCUUUGUCCGCCCUUGCCUCUGUCCGCCCCUUGCCUCAUCCAGCCCUUGCCCUGUGGGUACUUGCUCUGUCCGCCCUUGCCUCUGUCCGCCCCUUGCCUCUUCCCGCCCUUGCCCUGUGGGUACUUGCCUCUGUCCGCCCUUGCCUCUGUCCGCCCCUUGCCUCAUCCAGCCCUUGCCCUGUGGGUACUUGCUCUGUCCGCCCUUGCCUCUGUCCGCCCCUUGCCUCUUCCCGCCCUUGCCCUGUGGGUACUUGCCUCUGUCCGCCCUUUGCCUCUGCCCGCCCCUUGCCUCUUCCCGCCCUUGCCCUGCGUCAGAAUGCACUACACCCAGGCGCCAGGCAGGCGGGACUGCUAACUCCUGGAGACGCGAGCUACUGGGUCUCUGGUGCCAACUUCACUGCGUCGGAGCAUGCCGCUGUCAUGAUGGUGCGCCCCUACCUUCUAGUUUAUGCUCUCGUACGAGUGCCCAAUGCACGUGACGGUUGUCAGAUGGCAUUUGCUGACUACGCGCUUCCUGUGUGGCAGAUUGUACCAUUCGUGCUGGAGGGGGAAGUUGAGGUCAUUUGUAGCCGCACGAUUGUCGCCUUUCUGGACUGGCACGAGAAUUUCGUGCGGGCUGCGGAGCACACGGAUGAGAGUCUGAGUGCAUUCGACACUGCCACUCGCAGGAUGGUGCAGUUGGUGGAAAGCACCUUUCCACGCGAGCACUCUGGGUGGAACCUUGUGAAGGUGCACCUGCUGCUUCACCUUACUGAGGCGAUUCGAAGGGGGGGCCUGCCACGAGAGUACUCCGCGGCGGUGUACGAGAACGCACACAUCCGCACCUGCAAGAGGCCGUACCGACGGUCCAACCAUCGGGACGUGGGGCGUGUGAUUGCGCAGCACAACACCAACGCUGCUCUACUGACCCGUAUCCCAACCAACCUCGAGGGCAACCGCCAGUACAACACCGCGAUGCGCCGGGCAAUCGCCAGUGGGCUGCCCCAGCUGUGCCGCCAGCGAUCCAGGAUGCACAGCGCGAUCACGGACAGGGAGCAGGCUCCCCUGGACCUGUACGCGACGUACGAUGCCGCAAUCCCGGGAGGCAUUGGGCCAUACGCCUACUUGACGCGCCUCUUUGGCUACGUCUCUUUUCCGGCGUGGGUCCACACGGCGCUGGCUCUACCAGCCCGCGGGACGGACCACGGCCUGAUCAGGCCACACUAUGUCCGCGCCAACCCCUCUCACCACGGUGCUGCCACAUUCUCGUUCAUUGAGUACGAGGAUGGGACUGGGGAGACCGUGGUCGGCCGCGUGCACCUGCUCCUGACGCUGAUGAUGAACAGCGAGGAUGCACACCCCGCGGGAGAGGCCGUGGCCUUCGUGAGGCAGUGGUACCCAUCCCUGGAGGACGAGUGCACUGGCUGCAUGAGGAUGCGGCCAUCUGAUGACGAGCUGAGCUACGACCUUGUGCCGGUCGCCUCCGUGCAGAGGACCGUGCACAUGGUGGAGUCGUUUGUGACGCCUGGCCUCUGGUAUCUUAACAGGUGGGCUGGCCGAUGCCGCGAGGAGUUGCCCUAA